UGUUCUUCUUUAUAUAUAUAUGAUAAACAUAUCAUUACUUAGUUAUAAAUUAUUAUUUUUUUCUUUUUAAAGUAUUUAACUAAUCUUUUGUAUUCAAUAGAUGAUCUACUAAGCGGAUAGAUGCUGACCACGAGUUUUAAAGUUGCUCCUCCAUAUCCAAGGCGAGAAUCGAAUCCUCGACCACUAAUUAAGAUUCAUUAAGGAGAUAGAUGUGACCAAGAGUUUUAAAGUUGCUCCAUACUCAAGACGAUGAUCAAACCUUCGAUCACUGGUUAAGUUGCCAGUGUAUUGAUGUUCCUAGAGAUCAGGGAUCAAGCGCUUCUGAGAACGCUACCGGAUCGUAUACUAUCUCUUUGGCUGGAAUGGGAACUCCGGGCAAUGGUAAUCGUCAGCCUCACCGUUCAACUUACACUGAUAAAACUUGGAAGUCGACGGAGAUUCAGCGACAGAAAUUCAAAGACGGUCUCCUUUUUUCUUUGGGCCCUAUACUUGUUUGCAGAUUGGUUGGCCGCAUUAGCCUUGGGUACCCUCCUCAGAAGUAGAAAAGAUAAAGUAACCGAUCCUCUGGUUCUAUUUUGGGCCCCAUUCUUGCUCUUGCAUUUGGGUGGCCCCGAUACCAUCACCGCUUACUCAUUGUCGGACAAUGAACUCUGGCCACGACAUUUCUUUGGGAUGUGUUUCCAUAUUGGAGUGGCUCUCUAUGUAUAUGUCAAGUUCUGGACAAUAGCAACACCACCGGUCAUCUUCAUGGCCAUUCCAAUAUUCAUUGUCGGGGUUAUCAAGUAUGGGGAAAGGGUUUGGUCUCUCUUCAAAGCUAGUAGUGUCCGGUUUAGGAAAUCUGUGUUUUCUGAUGACAAAGGUUCCCCAUUGGAAGUUGAGCAUUCACAGUCGCCUUCAGAAAGUGGUAGGCGUUUGACGUUGGAAAAAUACUUGGAGCCGAAACCAAUUAAGGGGAAAUACGGAGAUCUUUAUCGAGCCUUUCAUUUGUUUCAAGUGUUCAAGCCCAUGUUUGCAGAUCUCAAGCUCAGAAUUUACAAAAAUUUGAGUUACGUAUUUGAGCUGGACCAGAACAAAGUUAGUGCAGAAGCGGCCUUCACAAUUGUGGAGAUUGAGCUUGGAUUCCUUUAUGAUCUGCUGUAUACAAAGAUUCCUAUAGUUAUAACUUUACUCGGUGUAAUUCUUCGCUUCAUUUGCUUAUCCUUCAUCACUUGCACGCUGCUUGCCUUCUUCGUUUUUGUCAAGCAACACGACUCCCGAGUUGACAUUGCCGUAUCCUGCUUGUUAAUGGUCGGUGCCAUCUUUCUUGAAAUUUAUUCCGCCCUCCUGCAUCUUAGGUCGGAUUGGGGACUCUACUGGUUAGACCAACAAAACAACAGGUUUCUUAGGCUUAUUGGUUCUAAGUUAGUUUGUUUUACUAAGCCCAAGGAGGGAAUUCGGUCCAUGGCACAGCACAGCCUGCUAGAUUAUUGCCUGCCGCCCAGGAAACUGAAUCUUGGUGCAGUUUUAAACUUAUUCGACUCUGAGGACAGAAUGGGGAAGUACUUACACACCGGUUGGAAAGAGGUAAGCUUCGAGUUGAAACAGUUUAUCUACUCCGGCCUCCAAGAAAAGCGAAAAAAAUACGCAGAGACCGAGUUCAAAAAUCUCUCAGAGUUAUUGGAUGAUAGAGGUUCAAGUGUGCUUAAAGGAAUGGGAGGGUCAUCUGAAGACAUUCUUUGGAGUGUACGCGAGGUCGAAUUCACCCACAGUCUCCUCCUAUGGCAUGUUGCUACAGAAGUUGUUUUCCAUGACGACAAUCACCGGUAUCGAGCCGUGCAACUUGAGCAGUAUUGCCGGAUAAGUAAGGUCUUAUCUGAUUAUAUGAUGUACCUUCUUUUUCUAUGUCCCGCAAUGCUUCCCGAAGGGAUUGGUAACAUAAGGCACCAAGAUACCUGCACUGAAGCGAUGAACUUCGCCCUCGACAAAUUCCAAUUCAAGGAAGCUGUCAGAGGGUUGUUUGGGAUGGACAUUAGAUCUCGAUCAUUCUUUAUCCAGAUGGGAAGUUCGAGGAAGUCGGCAUUCUUUGAAGGGUGCCAAAUCGCGGAGCAAUUGCAGAGUUUGGUAUCUAUGUUCCAAUGGGAUAACCAAGAUAAAUGGAAACUGAUAGCGGAUCUGUGGCUGAACAUGCUGACUUAUGCCGCGGCUCAAUGUUCGUGGAAAGAGCAUGCGAGGCAACUCCAGCAUGGUGAGGAAUUCAUAACCCACGUUACACUUCUCAUGGCACAUCUUGGUUUGAGUAAGAAAAUUCAAAUGGUGCCAUUGCCCAAAAUGCUUGAAGAAGUCGAUUUUGAGCCUACUUUUCAUUGGGACAAGCUUCACCGAUUGACUUCUUACUUGGCUUAAAUUUUAUAUAGGUAUUUAAAUGAAGAGACUACUUACAUCUAAUAAAAUAAAAUUUUAGAUGUCAAAA